CAAAUAGCACAGAUCUGUCAAUGGUCUCACAUGAUCAACAACUAUCAAAGCAGAAAACUCAACAUAACCUCAAAACAAUUGACAUUGAAACAAUAACAAGUCCAUGAUUUUGAAAAACUUCAUUGUCUCCACGUUAUUGUUAGGAUUUGGGCGUAGAUUCGGCUCUGCGAACAUGUCGGGCGAAAUGUGCUCCUCGAACAACUCCUACGUCCCUGGGACCCACUCAGUGGCUUACGUCACCACCCCCAGCGAGGAGGUCGCCAAAAAAUUGGCCCACGGUUUGGUAUCGCAAAAAUUGGCGGCCUGCGUGAAUUUAAUCCCCAAAAUUACCUCCAUUUACGAAUGGGACGGAAAAAUAAACGAAGAUUCUGAAGUUAUGAUGAUGAUUAAGACCAGGUCAUGCAAAAUUAACGAGUUAACGCAGUACGUUAAGUCCAAUCACCCGUAUACCGUUUGUGAAGUCAUCAGCUUACCCAUACAGAACGGGAAUGACCCGUAUUUGAAAUGGAUUAGUGACAUUGUACCUUCCUCUUAAUCUCUCAUAAUUUAUAUUUAUAUUUAAGUUCAUAAAUAAUAAAAAUAUGCAACUAUUGUUUGGUA